CCUCACUCCAACUGCAAUUCGCUGCGGUUGCUCUCUACAGGUCGUGGUGGCCAGCACUGGAGGGGAGAACAUAAGGGCGCUGACAGCCAAGAUGGUUGCAUUUCUAAAGACCUCCAGUCCCAAUACCCGACCGCUGACUGACUUGCCCUCUUGACGAUUCCUCUCCAGCGUCUUGUUCUGACUUGGCCCUCACUUCGUCGUCUUGCUCUCUGUAUCUCCUCCUCAACCAGCAUACUAGUAUCUCGUUUUCGCUUUGACCGUAUAUUCCUGGUUAUUGCGAAUAGUAUCGUCGAUACUGGAUUUCACUCUCACCCGAUUCCCGCCUUCUUGCGCUGAAAAGAUCUUACCGCGAGGGAGAUUAUAUAAUCACCAAAAUGUUUUCCAGAAUAUCAUCAUGUCUUGCCGUGGCCGCCAUGUGUUGGUCCGUGGUGGAAGCGCAUACAGUUCUCACAUACCCGGGAUGGAGAGGAGAUAAUUUGGUCACGAAUGCUACUUGGCCAUAUGGAAUGCAAUGGAUAUAUCCUUGUGAGUAGCUCUGAUUUCAUUCCAUAUUUCUUCAACAAUAAGCAUUGUUGAAUGUUGGACUUUCUCUCCAUCUCUUCCACCAACAUGGUCUCGCCGCGAAUUUCUUUUGUACGACCCCAACCACCUGUCUCCCCUUCCCAGUAUCCAACUCCAAGCCCCAAAGGAAUCUUCAUCUAACAAUCCUUUGUUUCAGGCGGCGGGCAUUAUACAACUACCAACCGAACAAAAUGGCCAAUAACAGGAGGUGCCAUCUCUCUUCAACCCGGAUGGUUCCAAGGUCACGGAACUGCAUUUUUCUACAUGAACAUGGGAUUUGGAACUGAUGGACCAGACAAUGGACCACCAAACAUGUCUUUCCCAAUGGUUCCCGUCUUCCAAAUCGUUGGUCCAUCAAAAAAUCCAUACCCGGGAUCUUUCUGCUUGCCACAAGUGCCAUUACCUGCGAAUAUCACAGUAAAGCCGGGAGAUAAUGCGACCAUCCAAGUCGUGGAGACAGCAUUACAUGGAGCUGCUUUGUAUUCGGUGUGUUUUACAUACUCCAAGAUAUCCGAUACCAUAGACUAACAGAAAACAGUGCGUCGAUAUCACAUUUGCUGACCCGAGUGAUCCGGAAAUCAAUGAAGUCAACGAAACCAAUUGCUUCAACGAUUCAUCCAUCACCUUCAACAACGUCUAUUCCAUCGCAGCAUCCUCAACAAGUGAUGCGCAACGAACACUGGAGAUUGCGACUUACCUUCCUUUGCUUGUCUUGGGAUUAUGGGCGUUGUUGUAGUUGCUGUACGCCACUGGCUUGCUUAUACGAGUGAUAUAAGAAGAACGAGGGUCUGAGUGGAGGCAUGGCGCGAGGACAUAUGCUUAUUCUUUUUUCGAACAACCUACAUGGUCAACCUACAGCACCAGCUCACACUCAAAGCCAAACAUAACUGAGGAUUGAGAAAGAAACUUCGCUUCUCGUAUACGCCCGUCCUGGUUAUCGGCCAACAUGACGACCUCGCCACAUCAUCUUCUUACGACACAAUUCAGUCUGACAUAACACGACAUACAUCUCACCACCUACCAACCAACCUCACCCCAUCAUCCAAAACCAACAAUCUUCAAUCUGUCAAUAAUUUCCCUUCGCUAUAUCAUAACUUAUCUGUAUAUCCAUGGCGUUUUAUCGGAAGUUUGGGUUUGCGUACCUCCUAGGCUUGGGAAGGACGUAUGGGUACCAUCUUUUUUGGGUUAAUUGUUUCUUUCGUUCCUGGGUAUCUUUGUGAACGGAAAUGAGAGAGGAAAAUGAGGGUGAUGAUCACAGGGAAAGGAAAGGAAAGAAUGCGGGAAAGGGAGAGUGAAAGGAAAGGAAG